UGGCGACUUUAUGCUGAAAACUGAUUGGUUCAUCGGUCUUAUGCUAUGCUUAUGCAGCUUAUGUCAUUUCGUGUGUGAUAGCCCAAAGUUUCGCCGCGCGGUUGCAUACUGUUGCAUACGUGGUUAAUAAGGAUUUGUGUCAAUCGUGUCAAAUUGUGUAUGUCAAUUGUGUAAUUGCAACUAGGAGAUUUUUGGCUUCUAGUUGCUCCUAGGUAUAAUUGUAUGAAUUUUACGCGCACAAGUGAAAAUUGACAGCUAAUGAAAGAGUGAUACGAACGUUUUAUGAAAUUCAUGGUAGCUUGUGGUAGCUUAUUCGAUGUAAUCUACGAGCGCAACUCUAUUUUGAGAGAACGAUUUUGAUGGACCAUCGCCGUCUAUCUGCUGUCGCCGACAAUCGUGCUGGCCAAAGUUUCUCAACUUAACCACUGUCUGACAGUCAAAAGUUGUGGCGCCUAGCCUUUUGGCCUGAUACCAAAUUAUGUUCCUGGUCUCAGAAGCUGUGCCGCCAAUCUAAGAAAACGCACGCAACGGUGGCGAAAUCAACGAUGGCGAUAUCAACGAGUGCCGUCGCUACCGCCGCCGUCGCUGUCGGCAGCAAUCCGGAGAACACUUCCAAGUUUCUGGAGGUCCUACAGUCGGAUCUUAAGGUACUCGCUUCAGAGACCAAGAAAAAAUAUCCGCAGAUCAAGGAGUCAUGCGAAGAAGGAAUUGUAAAGUUGAGAACAGCCUCGAACAAUCCAGGAACCCCAAUAUAUUAUAUUGUAAAUCAAAUACUUUAUCCUCUGGUUCAAGGUUGCGAAAGUAAGGAUAUAAAAAUCAUCAAGUUUUGUUUAAGCAUGAUGCAGAGGCUAAUAACGCAGCAAGCGAUUGAUCAGAAAGGUGCUCGAUAUAUUACGGAUACUUUGUGGUUAUUAAUGGAAUCAGGUACGGAGGAAGUUAAAGUUUUGCAGACUGUAACGCUAUUGCUUACAAGUAAUGCCGUGGUGCACGGAGAUACCUUGGCAAGAAACUUAGUGCUUUGUUUUCGAUUACAUUUUACAAAAGAUUGCACAACGAUAAAUACAGCCGGUGCUACUGUAAGACAGCUGGUGUCUUUAGUGUUUGAAAGAGUAGUCGCCGAGGAUGAGCAAAGCCCGGAUCAACCAAAGACCGAUGAAGUCAAUUUAGAGGAAUUGAAAAUGCCAACGAAUCAAGCACCUAAAGGUCUCGGCCCUUGCGCUGCAGAUGCAUAUUUGAUGUUUCAGGAUCUAGUACAAUUAGUUAAUGCCGAUCAACCAUACUGGCUAAUAGGUAUUACUGAAAUGACUAGAACUUUUGGUUUGGAACUACUAGAAUCGGUUUUAACAAACUUUUCAUCAGUUUUUUUUAAGCACGCAGAGUUUAACUUCUUAUUAAAAGAGAGAGUGUGUGCACUUGUGAUAAAACUGUUUUCGCCUAAUAUCAAGUAUCGCAAUUCAGUACCAGCAUCUUUGCAACAGGCUACACCAUUAGAUAAACCUUACUUUCCUAUUAGUAUGAGACUAUUGCGAGUUGUGUCAAUUUUGAUACAGAAAUACCAUUGCUUAUUGGUGACGGAAUGUGAAAUAUUCUUAUCCUUAAUUGUGAAGUUUCUCGAUCCUGACAAGCCUACUUGGCAGAGAGCUUUAGCAUUGGAAGUUUUGCACAAAAUGACAGUUCAAGCAGAUUUGUUGACAAACUUCUGUAAAUGUUAUGAUUUGAAGCCACAUGCUACAAAUAUUUUUCAAGAUAUUGUCAAUAGCUUAGGUGCAUAUGUGCAUAGUCUUUUUGUAAAUCCGCAAAUAAUGAGUCAAACAGCAAGUACAACUAUGCCUCAAAGUACGGGUUCACCAUUGUUUACUGGAAUGCCUAUUGGGCCUGGCGUAUCACCCCAACCUGGGUUUUAUUCGCGCGGUAUUUGGUUACCAGUAGUAGCAACGUUUACAAGCGGACAAGCUAAGCCAACUUAUUUAGAGAUGUUGGACAAAGUUGAACCACCGCAAAUACCGAUCGGUUAUGGAAUUAGUAUAGCCUAUGCGUGUUUAUUGGACAUUAUAAGAUCAAUUGCACAGGCCAUAAACGGAUCGAAAGACGAUAAUAGCGAAAAUCAAGUCUAUCAGCCGAGUGAAUCCGAACGAAAGCUUCACACACAAUUAAUAAACUCUAGCUGGUGCGGUCUAUUGGCGGCUCUUAGUCCUUUAAUAGAUGCCAGCACGGACGAAUCGGCUACGGAAAAUGUUUUGAAAGCAAUUCAAAUUUUCGCGUCUCUUUGUGGCCAAUUGGAUUUGCAAGCGCCACGCGAUGCCUUCAUUACUGCAAUAUGUAAAGCAUCUUUACCGCCUAAUUAUGCCUUGACUGUAUUGUAUAAUGCACCUCAAGGUAUUCCAACUGCAAGACAGCAAGAUUCGACUCAAUAUAAUUUAACGAUGGGUGAGCCCGAUUAUAGGCAACAAGUAGUAGCCGUAGGUACGCCACUACCAACGGCAUCUUUACCCAUUGGUGCUCAUCAAGGUCCUGUUAUGUUAACCGCGAAAAAUCUGCAAUGUAUGCGUGCGCUGUUAUCGAUGGCUCAUUGCCACGGUAGCAUACUUGGUAGCGCAUGGCACUUGGUACUUACUACUCUCCAACAUCUUGUUUGGAUACUUGGUCUAAAACCUUCUACUGGUGGAUCGUUGAAAGCUGGAAGAACUGCAGCUGAUCCAAAUGCUGUGCUAACAAACGCAGUUAUGGCAGAUUUACCUGUUCUCAGCGCUAUGCUCAGCAGGUUAUUUGAGAGUAGUCAACAUCUUGAUGAUGUUGCCUUGCAUCAUUUGAUAGACGCUCUGUGCAAAUUGAGUCACGAGGCAAUGGAGCUGGCCUAUUCUAAUCGUGAACCUUCCCUGUUUGCUGUUGCUAAACUUCUGGAAACAGGCUUAGUGAACUUGCCACGAGUGGAGGUGCUCUGGCGACCAUUAACAAAUCACUUGUUGGAAGUUUGUCAGCAUCCGCAUAUUCGCAUGAGAGAAUGGGGCGUGGAAGCGAUCACAUAUCUUGUCAAGACGGCUCUUCAGCAUAAAUAUCCGCAACCACUUCGCGAUAAUCAGAAGUUGCAAACAUUAUUGCUAGGACCAUUGUCUGAAUUGUCAUCUGUACGACAUGGAGAUGUUAGACAGCGACAGUUAGAAUGUGUCCUGCAAGUACUUCAUGGUGCUGGGGAGACGCUGUAUCACGGUUGGCCUUUAGUACUUGGCAUUAUAGGAGCAGUUUCUGACCAUCAUGGGGAAGCUUUAGUACGCAUAGCUUUCCAAUGUUUACAAUUGGUUGUAACCGACUUUCUACCAGUGAUGCCUUGGCGAUGUCUUCCGUUAUGCGUUGAUACAGCUGCUAAAUUUGGAUCGCAGACACAGGAAUUAAACAUCUCGCUUACAGCUGUCGGUUUAAUGUGGAAUAUAAGCGACUAUUUCUAUCAGAAUCAAGAGAAAUUGUGCGUUUGCUUGCGUGGGGAUUCAUCGUCGGUAUUUCCUGAUUUUCCUGGUACAACAAAUAUGCCACCAUUUGAUAAACUUUGGAUGUGUUUGUAUGCAAGACUAGGCGAUCUGUGCGUUGAUUCGCGACCCGCUGUACGCAAAUCAGCAAGUCAAACUCUUUUCUCCACCAUAUCCGCGCACGGUAGUCUUCUGCAUCAGCCCACGUGGCAAGCUGUGCUCUGGCAAGUAUUGUUCCCAUUGUUGGACAAAGUAAGAAGUUUAUCGAAUUCGGCAAGUAGCGAAAAGGUCGACACUAGUGGGAAUAUACUUAUUCAUCAUAGCAGGAAUACAGCACAAAAGCAAUGGGCGGAGACGCAGGUUUUAACGUUAAGUGGCGUAGCCAGAGUAUUUAAUACAAAACGUCAACUAUUGCAAAUGCUAGGGGAUUUCCCUAGAGCGUGGUCAUUACUUCUUGAAUUUAUUGAGAAUUCCGCGCUUAGUAAAAACAAUGAGGUGUCAUUAGCGGCACUGAAGUCAUUUCAAGAGAUACUCUUUCAGCCGAAGGGAAACGACAACAUCGAAAUGAUUCAGUUGAACGAUUCGGAAGGCUUGUGGAUGGUAACAUGGCGCGUGUGGCUCAAUAUUGGAAUGGAAAGCACCGCACCACCGCAAGAAAGCGAUACCGAUCCUUAUGUACCGUCCCAAGCAUUCCUUACUGCGCUGAUGCAUAUAUUUCCCGGUGUUUUCCAACAUAUUAGAAACAAGUUUACCGGUCCCGAACUGCAAAAAUUGUGUAUUGUACUGAAGAAUGCAGUGGCCGUUCCAGUGCAUGGUGAAUCAACACCGUACAUCUUGCCAUCGGUGCCCGAUGUAGUUCUAACUCAUUUGCAAGACGAAGUACUGCAUUCUAUGGAGCUCCUGCAAAAAGAAGCGUUAAACAGUCCGGAUAAUUUGCGCACAAUGAUUGUAUUAAUAUUUCUUCAGUUAUUGAGUUUUUCGAAACUGGCGUGCGAAGCCCCAACCUAUGGUAAAUUAUCUACAAAACACAUCUCUCAGGUCAGAGGCGUAUCUACUGAUUGGGUUACGAUGAACUACGUUCCAUUCGGUGAGAAGGCCCUGUCGAUGGUCGUGAGCUUGUAUCAGAAAACGGCGCACGAGGUGGCCGUGAUCGACGGCCAAGUAUUGAAGCACAUUGUGGAGGCACUGCACGUCCCCUUAGCCAUGAAAUACGUGUGCCCAUCAGCGACUACGUGGAAAUUAGCCGUGACUAGUCUUCUGGCUGUUUUGCAUACCGGGCUGCCACUCGCCAGAAAAUAUCCCGAGCAGUUUCAGAGUAUGUGGCUCGAACUUGCAAGUACGCUGGACGAUUUCUUGUUUCCUAAAAGUGCACUAAAUGUAGAACGAGGGGUGGAAGAGAUUCAGGCUGAUGAGGCAGUAGAUUGUCAGGUUAUGGAACUAUUGAGGGAUGAAGUAUUGCCACAUUCUCAGUAUAUACCUCAUCAAUUUAUACUUAGAGUCGUUAUGCUUUUAAAUAAAGGUUCCAUACAUUCAGCCACCACAGCAAAUAUCGAAAAUGGAGCAGAGACAAAGUUACGAGAAGAAUUUGCAAAAACUUGCUUCGAGACUUUGUUGCAAUUUUCUUUAUUAGAUGGAUUGAAUAAUGACGCAGAAAAUAGUCCUAAAAAAAAUUCGAAAAGUGAUGAGGGUGGAAUUGCUGGACGCUUAGCAGUUACGGCUCUUUUACAUAGAUUUCAAGAAGUCCUACGGCGAUAUAUUGAAAGUGAGAGACGAAGUGGAAAGUGCCCUUUACCUAGGUACAGGUUGUCGGAGAUAUCGUUUGUUUUGAAAGCCGUUGCUACUCUUGUAAUAUCGCUUAAGAAAGCGCCUCCCAAUAAAGUUGAAAGAUCAGUAUGGGAACAGUUGAUCGGAUUAUAUCCAUGCCUAGUGGAAUGCACGAUCGCGACUACUUCUGGUCAAGUGUCUAGGUCCUUGCGAGAAGCUUUGUUACAAUAUCACGAUUUAUUGCGGGCACCAGUUUACAACACUCCAACUCCCAAUGGCGUUUGACCAAUAUAUUCUUUUUUUUUUCAUUGAGAGUGGAUUUAUACUAAUAAUUGAAAUACAGGGUGAGUAAAUUUGCUUGUAUGAUGUUUUAACGCGUUAUAAGAUAAAUAUGUAAAUAACGAUUUUCCAGUUUAAUGUAGAAGAAUAAUUUGCUGCAUAAUUAUGCUCGCAAUAGUAGAGUAAAUAUUAUGUUAAAGAAGACUUGUUAGCGUAAUUUUAAUAUAGUCGCAUACAGUCGAUGUAAUCUUCUAGAUUGCUGCGAAUUUAUUCUGUUUAUAUGUCGAUAUACAUAUUAUUUUUAUGACAAAUUGCAGUACAAUAAUCAAAAUGUGAAUAGAAUUUUUAGAUUGAUGCUUUCAUUAUGAAAAUUUUAUAAAUUUGCAUAAUUUUUGACGUUUUCAAUUUCAUAAUUAUGUCAGGAAGAACAAAGAAAGAUUUCUUAACGAAAACUAUUUAGCGCAGUAGCAAUGCGAGAAAUUUUUAUUGCAUUGUUAUGUCGAUUAAAUUAAAUUUGAAAUAAUUAUAAAGUAAUGAAAUAACAAAUUAGAAUUUGAAAUGUUUUCUAUUUAAGAUACAUAAAAUUGCGAAAGAGGAUUUAUUAAUUGAUAAAUAUUAUCUAGAAAAUGUAAGAAUUAUGUGUUCUAAUAGCGCAGUAGUUUGUUAUUAUUGUUCCAAGUAUGCGGGAAGAAUGCAUGUAUCUGUAUAUAUCUGAAGGAAAAUGUACAAGACAACUUUUUUAACCGAUAUUAUAAAUAUAUUGUGCGCGCGCGCACGCAUAAAACACACACACACGCAGGAUGUUUGAAAAUUUUUAACAGCGCUUGCAUAGUUGUAGAACAAACUAAACUGAAUGGAAAAGACCUUUACUAUCUCGCGGUUUUCACAAAAGUUGAAGAGUUAUUAAUUUAUAAAGAUAGCCGAAUUUGCCCGAUCUACCGCCAAAUGCAAGUGUAAUAGCAAUUAAGUAGAGGUAAGAGCCAAUCACUUUCAAUUGCUACUUAAUCGCUCAGUGAAUGAUUGCGCAUCUAGAUUUUUCGAUUCCAUGUGUACAGCUCUUAUAAUUAUUGUCGGAAAAUAGCAAAAUACGGUCAAUGUACGGCUAUAAUGGAAACACGAGCGCGGUGAAAAACAAGACGAUCGUUGCGCGUGAGAGGAGAUAUUCGCGCCGUCGUCGCUUGCCGUAAGUCGACCCGUUACGAGGCGAGGCGAGCAUAAACAAAAUUUAUUGCUAUUCGCAACCAUGGUGUAAGACACUGUAAGAAGAUAAGAUGUUUUAUUGCGCAUCAAAUAUUGAGUAGCCAAAAGUAUUGCGGCUCAAAUAUUGAGUAGCCAAAAGUGUUGCCCAAAAUGUAGCGUCACUUCGAUUGAUACUAUUGGGAGAUGGCUGGAAGACAUAUUGCUUUUUACAUUUUGGGCAAAUUUCUGAUUGGUCGAUACUGCGCAUCUCGGGAAUGAAACACCUUAUUGCACUGCUGCACUGGUGCAAUAAGUUAGAAUAAGUCAAAUAUAUUUUUUUUUCAUUCUAACUUAUUGCACUAGUGCAGCAUAAAGACCUAUAAUCAAAGAUGCGCCAAUGGCCCCCCACCGUGACUUGUCCGCCAUCUUGUACCCAUACUGGUGACUGGAUGGGGGCUGGGGGGCUGGAAUCUGGAGUAGUGGAGAUAGUAAAAGUAAACAAUGCGAGCCUGCUCCAAGUUCUACGCAACCAUAUAGCAGCUGCAAAUUUAAUUUUUCUUGUUCUUUCUGAGUAUCGUCAAAAUAUAGUGACUCUCGAGAGUGCAGAGAUUGAAUUACCUUAUAAUUUCUGACACAUUCCUUUAACUUAUAUUGCUCAGCACAAAGCACUCUCCCCUCUUCCUUGCCCAGCGUGGGUACGCAAUGGCGGAUAAACCACGUGACUCAAGUGACCAAUCAAAAUUGUGUUCGCCAUUGGCGAAUCUUUUAUUAUAGGUCUUUAGUGCAGCAGUGCAGGAAUAAAAAACAAACCUUUUAUCUUCUUACAUCAUGUUCGCAACGCUGCUUGUAGCAGUCGCCAAUGGGGAUUAAGAAUGUUCGACGAUAGCUUAAAUAACUAAAAUUUACACUUUUUUAGACUUUUAGACUUUUAAACUGUACUACAUAAAUUCCAAGCUAAAAAAAUAUUAAAAGUUGAUUGAAAGCUUCCAAAGAAUUACUUCAUAAUAUUUUUAAUGAUAAACUAGAAUUUUAAUCAAUAAAAGCGAAUAAUUAAAAGUCUGCCACUUCCGAUUUUUUCUUGCAAUUUUCCAACUUUAUCGAUUAAAUAAGUAAGAUUAAUAUUUUUGGCCACAUUUUUUAUACUUGUAGACUAUUUAACAGCUUCUAGAGAAAUGUCAUAUUAAUUUAAUUGAUAUACUUGAAUUUUAAAUAAAUAAAAGCGAAUAAUUCGUGAACAAUUAGUUGUUUCCUAAUUGUUUUGGCAAUUUUGCAUGUUGUAAUAAAUUCCACAAAUUGUUAAAUCUGUUCGUAAAAAUUUCUACUUAUAUUUUAUGAAUAUUAUAUUUUGUGUACGUUUACGAUUUGUGACAAUAUAAUUGUCAAUAAUGUGUAAAAAGUUUUGGUGUGGCAACAUAAUUUUUUUUUUCUUAUCCGGAUUGUCGUUUUGUGUAAAUGUACGUAGUAUUAAAUGGCGAAUAUUUUAGUUUAAUUUAUUGAUGUGAUUCAUAUGUAUUUGGUUUUUAUGACUAGAAAUGUAGCUAACUUCUGUAUCAUGAAAAUAAUUAAAGUACAUUGUCAUUUUAUUGUAGUAUAUGGAAAAUUUUAAAUUCUUUUCAAUAUUAUAAUAAUAUAAUACGUGAAAAAAUGAACACCUAAAUUUGAAUGCCAAUGUUAAUCAAUGAUUAUUUAUCAAUCCAAA